AUGGCGUUAAAAUUUGACCAACUAAUCAACUACUGGGAGAAAGGAAAAGAAAAGUUGGCUACUGUAAGAAAAUGGUUAUCUUACAGCCGGCUUGUUAAAUAUUUAUCUUUGCUUCUUGGUUUAACUAGCGCCAUUCUGGCUGUUCUCAAUAGGAAUCAGAAUGAAAAAAUGUUUAACGCCGCUAUUCUUUUACAGUAA